AUGGGAAGGCUAUUUGUAAUCACUCUUGAAGAAAGCAUUUAUGGUUGCAAGCACUGCCAUAUCCAUCGUGCUCUGCUUGAUGACAUUAUUUCUAAGUUUUUUCACUGUAAGCAUGGAAAGGCUUAUUUUUUUGAUAAAGUUGUGAAUAUCACAGCAGGAGAGGAAGCAUACCGCAUGAUGAUGAUUAAAAUGCACAUUGUUUUUGAUAAAAUCUGUGUUGGGUGUGGCUCAAUUGUGGGAUGGAAAUAUGAGUCUACACAUGAGAAGACUAAGAAGUACAAAAAGGGAAAAUUCAUUCUUGAAAGGUGCCAUAUCACUGUUUCUUUUGGUUGCAUGCAAUAUUUCAAUGUUCUCAAAUGUCAAUUUAACUGUGGAACAUGAUGUAAAUUAGAAAUUUAUUGAUCUAGGAUCUUCCAUUUGUUCUCGAAGCUCUGUUUCAGGCUCGAAUCAAUGUAAAAGUUUCCAUUUUGAUAUUGAUUUUGUCUAUUUUUGUUGGAAAGUUGAGGCAUGUUUUUUGAAUUUUUGCAUGGAGAGCAGUGAUUUUAUUUAUUACUUUGUGGAAAUUACUAUGUUAUAGAUGGAGAAGGAUUGGGGAGGAUCUGUCAGCAUUGGCCAAGGAGGU